AUGAACACCUCUGAUGUUGCCACAUCUCUGGACAACGCUACUCUGGCAAUGCUGAUCAGUCCUGUUACGACAGUGGCGCUGCCGAUCAUCUACUUAAUAGUGUUUGUUGUGAGCACACCGUGUAACUUGAUCUCCUUCUGCGUCCUGCUGGGCCUCGCUAAGCGCAAAACGCCUACUGUAAUCUUCUCCCUCAACCUGUGUCUUGCAGACUUACUGUACAGUAUAUCUCUCCCUCUUCAGGUGGCCUACCAUCUAUGGGGAAACGAUUGGCACUUUGGUUCCGUUGCUUGUGGAGUCUCCACUUUUGCCUUUUACUGCAACUUGAAAUGCUCUAUUCUCACAACGUGUGCGAUUGCAGUGGAGCGUUACUGUGGUGUAGUACAUCCUAUGAUGAUGAAAAAUCGCCGACGAAGCGCCCACAAAGCCAUCCUUAUAUGCGUGUUGAUAUGGGUCCUUGUCUUUGCUAUGAAUGCACAGUGGCUUCACCACAACCUUGUCCUUUUUAUUCCAGAACUCAAAAUUAGUACUUGUUUUGACGUUCUACCCCGCAAACUUUUCCCAGCACCGUGGGUGGGGUAUCUGUACUUUGGCGUCUUGUUGUUGCUGGUCUAUGUGUUGCCAUUAGCGGUGCUUAUCUGGUGCUAUUUAGCUGUUGCUUUAGCCCUCAGAAAGACUGUGGAUGCCAGCACUCGACGGUCACACAAACGGACACAGGCUGUAGUACUAAUAGGAGCCGUGUGUUUUCUUAUCUGUUAUCUUCCCAACAUCGUUUUACAACUCAUUCACAUGUUGUAUCGUGCUAGGGGUAAGAGCGUAUAUGAGUAUUAUAAAAUAACGUUGGGAGUUAAUAGCUUAAACUGUUGCGUCGACCCUUUUCUGUACUAUCUUGCGUCCAGCGAGUUCCGACAUAAAGUGAUGCGGUACCUCAGAAGGUUACCCUGCUGUGCUCCUGGUGAAGGUGAGGAGAUAAUCACGUCUAACAUGUCUGAAGUGGCUAGCUUCACCAGAGGACCUCGUCGGGACAAUGGGACGAGUAAAUCUGAAAUUAUGGCGUAA